GGAAAAAGCGGUGCAAGUAUGCUUACUUGUUUAGACUCCGGCUGGUCUCUAACUUCUCUUCAUGAACGAUUAUGGACGACGGAAUCACUGCACAACUACUAAUACCCCUCGUUUUGGCAAAGGGAGUAUAGAGAAAUUCAGACGAGGGCAGGAGGCGACCUCUCGCGCCGAGGAUUACCAGCCCAACGAAAGUAUCAACAAACGAAAGCAGGCGGCACCUCCAGUUCUUUCUACGGCUGGUCGAGGAAGCAGGCCAUCGUUUCGUGGUGCAGGACAUGCUUUCAAAGAAGGGAGCUACAGGGGAAGUUUGAGUCGUCGCUACUCUGGUGCCGGAGGAGGACCUCUAAGAGCAAAUUUCAGCUCUUCAUUGCAUACCGUAUCUCCCUGGAAAACGGUCAAUGCUCUUCCUGUCCGCAUAUAUGCAUCUCAAGCUUCAUACUCCUCUACAACUGACGACGACGGUCAAUCCCGCGACCGCACUAUCGAAACCGUUGAAAUGCAAGCCCUUAACAGCACGACGGAACCACAGAACAAGCGACAGAAGCUCUCUCAUGAAGACACUGCCGUUGUAGCUGCCCCAUUGUCACAUUACCAGCCGUCCGACGCGUCUUUAAAGUCCGAAGAGGUCGACAUAGAUCUAGAGGGGUCCCCGUCAGCAACGCUGGUAACGUCUGGAUCGAAAUGGUACCAUCCACUUCCGCCAGAUUGUCGUAAAUCAAACCCCAAUUGGUCUGCUAACCGAAAGCAUUGGUUCAAGCAAGAGGGAAAAUUCCUGAGGUCUCGCGGACUAAACAUCCUGAGGAACUUCUUCAGAGAUGAUGGGAUGGUAAUUGACUGGUCAAGUCCAGUGCCAGUCUGGUCUGACACUCUCGAACCAGAGCAAUCAUCUUCAUCUUCAUAUCCUCCUCCCAUUCCGAUUACCUCCAAAUCUAAGAAGCGUAAGGAGACCAAGUCCUCAAAACAUCUUUUGAAUGGUAUCACUUCCAGUGAACCCAUCAUCUUACCUGGUUCAUCCCUUAUUCCCCCUUCCAAUGCCAACACCGAGAUAAACUCAACCAUACCGGUCCCGAGUGACGAACCGGAAACUAUCGUUAUUGACCAUGACGACCAUACGGAGCUUGCUACACAACUACCUAUAGCGCUAGCUGUCACUGAGGUUGAUCGGCAAGCGACUAUGGAAUCUCACGCUUUGCAGUACUUGAAACAAUAUGUGUUGACAUUCGAUGGUGACCGCUCGCUUCUCCGGGAGGCGUACGCUGAAAAUGCUCUUUUCUCGUACUCAAUCGUACGUGACAAACCUCUGUCCAUCUCUGAGGCCCAUUUGUUUUCUGGAUGCGAAACGUCAUCCAGUAAAUAUCUCUGUCUUCCUUGCCCAAUUCUAUAGUCUUCAUUAAUCUACUUAGAUACGGCUUUUAAAGUCGGUCCUUCUGACAUCGUGGAGACGCUCAAAUCUUUUGGAAA